AUGGUUUACACUUCUCAAGCCAAGGAACCAUCUAGGUCUCAUCUAAAGUCUAUCCAGGCCAUCACCAAGAUCCUAUUGGAGUCGCCAAAUCUCGACGUAUCACAACUGAAUGCGUCCUGGGUCCGGCGCACUGCCUACAAGCCUGAGGAUAUGACAGAUGACCAGUGUUAUAAAGUCGUCAGGCUCGUCAAGGCUCUCCAUCCGUACACCCCAAAACGAGUUCCAAAGAGCUCUGGAGGGGGAACUUCGCCUCCGACCGCCAACGCCUCCGCCAUGAUCCGCAUUGUAUUGUUGUCCAACCAUGUACUCAGAUAUACAGGGUACACCGAGUUUACCAGGAGAUUCGCACCGGCACCAUCAGUCGCAUCAUUACAUCCUGUACCACUUGGAGCGGCCGGCAUUUACGAUACUCUUUGUUGGAAGGCGGCAAACAAUUUCGACAUCUACGACCUACACAGGCAGCCUAUCUCAUCCGUCGUAACCGCAACAAAACACAAGGACGCCGUCUUCUUCAACUUUUUUGACCUCGAUGCCAUCAACGCGAUGUGCCAAAAGUACAAACUUCGCUUCAGACAACGUCUGACAUUUGUGAAUCGCUAUACCAUUCGAAUUCUUGGUGAAGUGAUCCCUGAGGGAGUGGACCGCGGUGAAGGGGCUCCCGUCGUCAGUGUGUGGGACGAGUCCAGAAAGGAUAAGACGCAGAAACUUACAGGCAUUGAUUGGUCAAGAGAAGGAGCUCGAACAGGAAUAACACAACAAAUGGCCCAGGAGCGGCUGGUGACGAUGAACAACGAGAUCAAGGACGUUGAAACGGACCAAAAAGCCAAGCGGGACGCAUGGGUUGCAGCGGACAAAGAUCGAAAUGAAGCAGCAGUGUACCAACGCCAGAUUAAACAGCUCUCCUCUCAGCAUCCAGGAUCAACAACGAAGGCGAACGACUCAAAGGCACGAAGACCGGAUCAGGAACAAGAUGCGUAUCGAGAACUUCAGGCAACACAGAUGAUCUCCGACGCUGCGUUUUUGGAUUGGAUGCAGAAGGACGAUGAGCUUCGGUCAAUGAAGGCUACCCGAUACGCGCUACAAAGGAUUCAGAAGACACGACCCAACUACGACCCCCCCUCGAACAAGAAACCGCUCAGGGCAGACCCUACAUGGACGAGGCCCGCCGUCGAGGCCAAGACGGAGAAUCUUCACAUCGACUGCCUCCUUGGUGCAGUAUUGGCUGAUCCCUCCAAGGCCAUCGGAUUCGACGGUGAUGAUCCAGGACUUUGCAAACUCGAUGCCUCGGCUACAACAACGCUGACAGGAGUUACCCAAUCAGUCAGGCAAUACUCGGUUCUCACAGGAAAUCCAUUCGCCUUACUCGCGGAGGUAGACAUGUUGGAGGAGAAGAAGUCCAAGGAAGAACAGGCGCAGGCCACGGUAUUCUUGCCCCCGAUACAUAGCAUCACAGCACCACAGAUUAACGACUUGACAUUCAGCGCAAAAUAUCAAAGGAAACGACAACAUCGACUCGCGGCAGCCACACCAGAGGCAACAGCAGCACGCAAUGCAUUAGCGAACCUUUCGAACAGAUCCAUCAACAAUGCAACGACACUCACAGACAUCGACGACGCCCAGAAUGCCCGUCGCUCAUCUCGAAAGCCCUGUCGCGAAUUCGAGAACUCUUCCUGGAGGAUCAAAGAUCAGGCUACUCAGGAGAUUCAGACCAAAAGAGUGUACGCCACAUUCGCAUCUGGUCAGCGCGACAAGGUCAAGGAAAUCGUCUUACAAGAGUCAAGGACAGCAGCACUCGACCUUCAGUUCCAAGGAUCCGAAAAGUCCGGGGCCGGUAAUACCUCUUCGUCCACCAGCGCCCAACCAAGCGAUACCAAGGCUGCGGCUGUCGAGUUUGGCCAUACCGAAUGCAAGGAAGUCGCCAUUUCUCAAACCCGACAUUUAAUCAGUCGGAAUGAGGACACCGCCUCUGUCAAGGGCAAGGGCGUUGUAACCGAGGAGUCCAAGGACACAGAGUCGCAGGAUCGCGGCGGAAGCAAGCGAAACAAAGUCGCUAUGGAUAUUGUCGAGAUCUACAGAGAUGUAACAAACACCAUAUGA